GGGGGUUGAUGUGUAUAAAAAUGUAAACAUCAGUGGUAUGACAUCACAUGUGAAAUAUGUAAAAAAAUUUCCCAGGGGUUGGUGUGUGUAAAAUGUAAACAUCAGUUAUAUGACGUCACAUGUCAAAAUUGCAACUAAUUUUCCCAGGAGGUGAUGUGUGUAAAAACUGUGAACAACUAUUGUAGGUUGUAAAGAAUUUUUUUUUUUUCCGGUGAUAAAAUGUUGAAUUUUCCCCAGGGUGCGUGUUGGGAGGGGUGGCAAGCGUGAGCAAAAUUUUCCCCUCUUGAGAAGUGUUAAUGAAAAAAAUGAUGUAAAAGUUUAAAGAGGUGUGAAAAAAUAAGAGUAAGGAUGAAAAAUAAUUAAAAAAAAAGAUGCGAGGACUUACCGUCGGUGGGGUGGGGUGGGUUGGGGUGGGGUGGGGUGGUUGGGUCGGGGUAUGGUGUGUGUGUGUGUGUGUGUGUGAAUGCUUUUUGAUAACUACCCGAGGUUUGCCCGGUAUGAUGCGUGGGAAUAAUUUUCAAAAGAUUCCCAGGAUGUGUUUUGGAAAAAAAGAUGUGUUUUGGAAAAAAAGAUUCCCAUGAUGUAAUGGUAUGACGUAGUUGUUGUUGUUGUGUUUUUGAGUGACAGCAGCAAGUGGGGGGCCCCCGUUCUGCUAAGCGUGACUAAUAAUUGAACAGGUGUCGUGUUGUUUUUCUCCUCACAAUACUAUAAAAACUGGCCGAGAGCCAUAAUAGUUGUAAAAGUUACUCAUUAUGGACCAGUUUGCGAGCAAUUACAAUACCCCUGCUGGGGGUGAAGCUGAGGUGAUAAACUUAUCGACCGACUCCGAGUACGAGUCUGACACCGAAUCUGCGAGAAGUACGAUGGUUCUCACAGAUUCUGACGAAUCAUCCACAGUGGAGGAUGGUGUUGUUCGCAACACCCCAGAAAAGGACGCGCCAAACUCAGCUGUCGUUCAGGAAAGACCCAGCGUGAUCGUGUGGCGAUCUUUCAGCGGCACAGGUUCAGACGAAUCACUCAGAGCGGGGGCGGUGGAUGAAGUUAUUUGUAUCACCCCUGAAAAAGAUGCGACAAACUCGGCGGCGGUUCAAGAAAGACCCAGCGUGAUCGUUUGCAACGUCACCAACUGUGUCAACUGUAUCACCGCCACGGUCCGCUCGCCGCCGCGACCGGACCAGGAGGAGGAGGAGGAGGAGGAGGAGGAGGAAGAGAUUCCGGGGGUUUGUCAGCCACGACCCGGCGACCGUGUUUGCAACACGCCGAAAGUCGCAGAUUACAGCCCGGUCUCCGAUUACGAGGAGCGAGUUGAUGAGUCGAGAGUUUCUGCUAAUUUGACAUCAACGAUGAGAUCUGUUUUAUUUAACGACAACGCUGUAUCUUUUUUUGAUGACAGGGUACAGAACGACGAAUUUGAACAUGUUGCGACAAACGGGGGUGUAAACUUUCUAAACGUCGAAGAUCCGGUCGAUUUGUUUGAACUUGAAACUUUAGUGGACAGAACUUUUCGCUGCGACUUCAUUCAAUAGAAUGAGUGUCGCUCAGCAAAACGAUACA